AUAGGCUGCCCUAUCCUGUCUUAGUUCCACUAGAUGCAUCACUUAAUCUGAAGCACAUUGAUAGAUCCAGAUAUCUCGCAGAUAAGAAAGUUGAUGGAAGAUCCCGUGUUGACAGGGAGGCUGACAAUCAACAGCUCCUUCAGCUAGAGGAGAAGGAUGUUGUAUCAUCAGUGGCCACUCUUCUCUCAGAUCUAUGUGGCCCUGGAGAAUGGAUGCCAAUGGAGAGACUUCAUUCUGAGCUGGAGGAACAAUUCGGCAAUGUUUGGCAUCACAGUCGUGUGAGAAGAUACCUCACCUCUGAGGAUCAUCCCGUUCCAGAAGCCAAGGGAAAACCAUGGUAUGGGUUGCUCAUGUUGUUGAGGAAGUACCCAGAGCAUUUCGUUAUCAACACAAGAUCCAAGGGACGGGUUACCCUGGAGUUUGUCUCUCUUGUGUCUCUACUCUCGUGAAAAUUUCACACCUUCGUCAAUGUAAAAUAUCGUUGGUUUGUUUUUCUAUUGGCAAAUCUCGAAUCCUGUCCAAGUUUGAAUACAAUAUAUUUUAUAUUAUUUAUUCUUGAUUGUUCUUUUC